UGCUAACUCGUUCACCUUCUAUACACUACAUUAGUAGGGUAGGAGUUGAUCAUUCUGUCGUCAACCCUAUCUAUUCUUUGUUCAUUAGCGCAAGCGCUAAGUAACCAUGGCAAGAAGGCCAUAGCAGCCUUUGGGGCAGUCAAAUACUUGUUCCCCAUGCUCCAUCUUUUUCCAGUGGUAUGGAAAGUGAGACAUUCUUUUGGCAAUUCAUUUAGUGACUUCGCGGUUGCCUAUUACCCUCUAUGAACAGUCCAUGAGCUCGGGAAGAGAGGUAGGGCCUUUGGUCAACCAAGAGAGGUCCAGCCCUUCCUCAACCAGUUUCCUGAAGCGUUGGAAAACUGGUUGAAAGUUGUUUAACUUUAUGAGCUAAAGGAUAGUUCAAAAGUUUUUUAGCUAUUCUAUCCUGUCUUUUGUUCACUUGGAAUAAAGAUUCUAUCCAGUCUUUUGGAUCAUUGAGCAUUAUGUUUCAUAAAAUCACUUUGACGCUCAAACAUAGGCCUUGAAAGUGCAUAUCCAUUAGAUCCUUCAUUACAUUUUCCUUGCAUUAGUCAUUCGAAAAUGUAUUUUCAGUGUGCUUGAUAUUGAUCAUUAUAUGCGCUCCUUUAAUCUUAAUUUCUUGUUUUGGGUUUCUUAUUAGCAAUGGGGUAUAAGGGAGUAAUUUGGGCUGCUGUAUGUAAUGUUCCCAACCGUUUGAUAUUUGAUGUGUCUAUAUUUUCUCUGCCCUUUCAAUUGCUCAGCGGAAUCAUUCUUCCAUACUUAACAGAAAAAGAACAGGAUGGAAGCAUAAAGCAGAAGUUGAUGCAGAAUUUAGCUGUAAAUGGCUGGGAUUUCAGGAUUUAGGAGCCUUGCACCUAAAACAAAGACUGCUAUUGUUGCGGGGGGCUUGUCAGCUUUUGUUUUCGGAGUAUAUUUCGACACCAUGAGAGCUGUUGGAGGCACAGAUGAACUACAAGUGGCUAUAAACAAGUUUGAGGAGGAAAAAGGUCAAUAGAGGCUGAAGCAAGCGUGGCAUCAAAGGUUUGAUCCUUUAUAAAAAAAUGUUCAUCACGCGACUACCUUCAUAUUCUUUAUAAGAAAUUAUUACAUUCUUUUAUUUAUUUAUUUUUUAGUUUAUAGGAAAUUUAGAGAAUUGUUUUUAGGUUCAAAUAAAAUAUCAAAAAGUACUUGGAUGUUUUGGAGUGAAUUAAAAACAGGAUUAAAGGACUUCGGAAGAAAGGGAAAAAAAAAAAAAGAUUAAAGGAAGGUUCCAAGAAUUUUGGUGGAAGUAGCUAUUUCCUUUAAAUAAUGGGAGAUUUGAAUAAAACGUCCAAUAGAGAAAGCAAAUUGCCAAGUUUUUACCUUCAACGACUUUAAGAAUUCAAGUCAAUGCUCUUUUGUGUCAAUCUUACUCGGAUAUUUUAUCACACUCAAGAAUUCAGGUCAAUGAUUUGUUGUAUCAAUCUCACUUGCCUCUGUAACGAGUGAGAUUGAUUAAGAGCACAUACAUCGGAUACCACAGAUUUUAUCAUGCUCGAGAUUCAAGUUAAUGCUCUAUUGUGUCAAUCUCACUCGUCUCUGUAACGAGUGAGAUUGAUAUAAGAGCAUGUACAUCGGAUACUGUAAAUUCUAAUAAGUUACAACAUAGUGGAGAGUAUUCUGAAGGCACCAACCAUUCAAAGAAAAGCUGAGACGAGUGAGAUUGAUACAAGAGCAUGUACAUCGGAUACCGUAAAUUCUAAUAACUUACAACAUAGUGGAGAGUAUUCUGAAGGCACCAACCACUCAAAGAAAAGCAGAGAUGAGUGAGAUUGAUACAAGAGCAUGUACAUCGGAUGCUGUAAAUUCUAAUAAGUUACAACAUAAUGGAGAGUAUUCUGAAGGCACCAACCACUCAAAGAAAAGCUUUGAGUGAGAUUGAUACAAGAGCAUGUAUGUUGGAUACCGUAAAUUCUAAUAAUUUACAACAUAGUGUAGAGUAUUCAAGGCACCAACCACUCAAAGAAAAGCAGAGACGAGUGAGAUUGAUACAAGAGCAUGUACAUCGGAUACCGUAAAUUCUAAUAAGUUACAACAUAGUGGAGAGUAAUAUGAAGACACCCGACCACUCAAAGAAAAGUAAAAGCAUCCAAAAACCAAAACAGUGCCAAGACUUCAAUUAAUAUUAAAUAAGAACAUCAAUAAUAUCUUUUCCAAUCAUCUCCUUCGCGCACACAUUUUCUCACUCUAACCCUCUUCACAUUUCUCUGGAAAUCAAACAUGCCGGAUCAACCAGGCGGGUGCUGCAGGUGCUGCUUCAGCUUCAUAUUCACCCUCGGCCUCACAGCCCUCUUCGUGUGGCUGAGCCUCCGCACCUCCAACCCCAAGUGCACCAUCCGCUCGUUUUACCUUCCUGCCCUCAACCGGACCCUAAAGGACACCAAAAACAACACCCUCGUCGUCACCCUCCGGCUCGGAAACACCAACAAGGACAAGGGCGUUUACUACGACGCCGUCAACCUCACCUUCCGGCUGCAGCCCAACGCCACCGGCAUACCGGUGGCAACUUAUGCUGUGCCCCAGUUCUACCAGGGGCACAAGAAGACGGCGACAAAGCAAGCGGUCGUGGGGCCCCAAGAGUGGCUUAACUGGACGGCGGUGUCCAGUGGGGUCUACGCCAAUGGGAGUGUGAUUUUUAGGGUGGAUUUGGCCACUGCUGUGAGGUUCAAGAUCAUGUUUUGGAGGACCAAGAGGCAUAGGCUGAACGUUGGGGCUGAUGUGCUGGUCAAUGACUCUGGUGGAAAAGUCAACAGGAAGGAUAUCAAGCUCUCUGCUGCACCAGAUCAUCACCAGAUUGGAUUCUUUUCCGGACGGGUGGGGGUUUUGUCCAAUUUCUUGGUUUUGAUUUUCCUUAUUUUUCUGUGAUUUUUUUUAUAUUUUCUUAUUUUAUAAUUCCAUAUGUUGAUUUGCUUUUAGUGCUAUUCUUUAACUUGGGAAGAAAUUGGUGCUAACUUUUUAUAUUUUCUACUUGAACUGGAAUUUCAAAUUUUUGGUGUCUA